AUAACGUUGCUCAGAGGGAUAAUUGAAAAUCCUUAGAUUCGGAUGAAGGGAGGGGGGAUGAUUCAAGCACCGUGUUAUAUCUUGAGGCAUUUUCAGCCCCAUUCAGGCGGUUGGAUUAAAGUAAGGUGAAGGAUAUUAAUAAGGACAAUAAGAGAAACGCAUUAAAACAAAUUCCAUAAGCGUUAUAUAACAAUGUAGUCGGUAUCACUGCGUACGGUAAACGUAUAUUAACAAGCGUAUAUACAUCUACGUGUAUAACGUAUACACGUCUAUGUAUAGGUAUAUUUUACACGGGUCUCGAAUUUAGUCAGGGAGAGUCGAUCCUUGAACAGGGUCGCGAGUAUUAACCAACCGGUGAGCGUGAUUAAUUACUGAUUAAAUCAUUACAUAUUUCUCACUUUAUUUUCACGUCUUUUCACGAUUUAUUUAUUUUUCUUUACGUUUCUCUUCCUACGACUUGAAUACACCGCAUAAAUUUUCUCCUUUAAACUCUCGAGUAUUUCCGUCACCGGUCACCGGUCACCGAGAUAUUUUAACGUCGUACCGCACGGUGUAGACUUAUUACAUUUUUUUAUUUAUUUUAUUUUUUCCGUCUCUUCUUCGCCGUUGACGUGGGAUUUUUUUUUAAUUUCUCUGUUAAACUUAUCUUCCCGGUUUAGACACGGUUCAGGGGUAAGUUCUAGGAGAACGAUUUGAGGGAGGAAUCCAAAAACGGGGAUUCAAAAAAAAAAAAAAACACAAAGUGCAAAAAAAAAAAAAUAAUAAAAACGAGACGAAUAAAAAAGGAAAAAAAUAUAUAUAUGAGAUACGAGUAAAGGAAUGGGAACGGUCAAGUAAUUGGACACCGGGACGCAGAAGUAGCGGAGGAUUCGGCAGGCUAUAUUAGAGCACGAUACUUGCGACCGAGAGACGAGACGAGACGAGACGAGAUGAGACGAGAGUUGCACGAGCCAUUUUCGUACAGAUUGCCUUGGUGGUGUAGGCAGCUGAAACAGCAGCGAGAGAAAUCAGACUUGCAAAAUGGGGGACGCGAAGGGAAAAGCUAAGAAGUCGUCGAAAGCGAAGGAGAAGACGGAAAAGAAUUCAAGGGCGCAAAAUACGAAGCUGGUUUUAACGGAGUCGGAAAAGGAACUGGGAAUCAGAAUUAUUCAGCCAGAUCAGAAGGCCAUUGACGCCAUGACGCGCUUGUACGCCGUACCAUCCGAAAAGCUCCGGGUGUGGACCGCCUGGCUAACGAAAGUUGGUGAAAAAGCCGAGGACUGGCAAUGGUGGUUACGGGCCCAGAUUCGACUCACAGCGAGGAUCAGCAAGGGUCUUCAACGCGCCACUGCCGCUUUGGAGGGGGAUGAAAAUGGGACAUUGGAUCACGGAGAUGAUCUCUUUGAAGAAUCUGAGGAAGAAGAUACCGUGGCGGUCGAUGAUGGCCAAGGUGAGCCGGAGAACCCAUCAAAAGUCAGCUCCAUUCCACCUGAACCAGAAUCGACUCCGAUAGUAGAAGAGGCGCCAAGUACGGAAGAGACACCAAAAGACACCGAGAAAGCAGCGGAAAAUCCAGGUGAAGAAGGUGAGUCCGGAGACACGGUGACGAAAAAGGGCGCAAAAGGGAAAAAGGCGAAGGUGAAAAAGCAGGGUAAACUGGAACGGAAAAUGGAGUACAAGGAAGGGUUUUGGCCGCUCGGGGUUCGCUGGGAGCCCUUCUCCCAUGCCGGAAAGUGGAAACCACCCCCUAAACGACAACCCGACGAAAUACCGAUACCCAGAACCGAGGUGGAGAUGAUUGAUUUGAUCAGAAAAAUCAGACAUCAAGGAGUGGUUUAUCGGAGCUUGUACAAACACUGGUCUCAAACUGCCGAUCAAACGUUGAGAGAAAUCCUCGGAAGAACCGUGUUGCCAACUAAGCUCGUCCACCCGAAUGGCGAAGAGGUUCCGUACAGUUUCAGCCUCGAAACUGAUCCGGACAUCGACUACGCGAUCGAGCACGAGGACGAGGAAGUCCUGCCGGCAGAUCCUGGGAGGGAGAGGAUCACCCACGAUUUUGUACACCUGUACUUCAACCUGUCGGACAAACCGGGGAAAGGAUGAAAGUCCUGGCUGUGACGUAAAUCCGGUUCGACGUGACGUCGAGCAUCAAACGAUUGGCUGACGGGUGUAGGGCGGCUUUUUUUUUUUUUUUCUUUCUUUUUUUUUUUAUAUACCUUUUUUUCCCGCCCGCGAGGAUCCUGCAGGACUGCGAUCCUAAUUCGGUUGAUUUUCUCGGCAGCUUUAGCUUCACCGUGGGGAGAGUGUCGGUCUCUUGAUAGACGCGCUUCUUGGUUACAAGCCGCAGUUACACCGACAAAACCCCCGAUAAAACGGAGCUUAAAGGAGGGAAGAUGAAGAAUACUGGUAGAAAUUUUUCUCGUGAAAUUUUCUGCAUAGUUUCGUGAAAAACUUUCAAUAUACCGACCAUAUUAUGUUGCAGAUUAAUUUUUUCUGAUAAACGCUGUCCGACGAAAAAAAUUAAUAUUAGAAAAAAAAAAAAAACUCGGUUAUUGCACACGUAGAAAUAAAUUUAUCUUGUGAAUUUUUUCAGAGAGCAUUCGAGUAUUUUUUGCGUUAUGAUUGAAAUUAACUGCAGGAUUUGCGGAGAAUUUCUUUUGUUUCUUUCAUCAAAAGUAUUGUAUUCCGUUGAAAUAUUUCGACACGAUUAAUACCGUAAUUUUCUUCCAGCCCAUAAAUUUUCUCUGAAUAAUAAACUUGAAAAUUCAGUGUAACAAGGUUUGAGUGAUGAUUGCGGCGUUUAUCUUGAAAUAAAGUUCAAAUAUCUAUAAAUUUCUCACCCAAUAUGCAAGCGAAGAAUAAUGAGGAAGAAAAAGGAGGGGGCAAAAAAAAAACAAAAAAAAAACAGAGGUUAGAAUUCAAAUGGAGAAGCGUAGAGAUAAGAACGUGACUGCUGGAUGGUCGUUGCCGAUUACGCGCGUUUUUCUGCCUCCUCGAAUAUAGCCAGUGGUCUGAAUUCACCCCGAGAGUUCGGCGUCCUAUAGCCCAACAUCCGGAGAUCAACGCGGCGAUCAUUAAGCUUCGAAAAACUGCCGCCACGGCGUCCCUUGAGGCUUGGAAUAAAAAAAAAAAAAAGAAAAAAAAAACAACGCGUUGGAUUUAAAUUUCGGAUCGUU